CAUGAAUAACAGCACUGAGGUUACAUGGCACUUUCCCUGUAGAAAACACUCAGCGAGGAAACCCACAGGCAUUAUUCACUGUCAACCUUUCCCACAGACUAAAAUCAAGAGGUACCAGCAAGCAGUCGUGCAACUUUGCAUUUUAUAAUGUAGCAUUGUAACAAAGGAGCAUGCUCAAGAACCACUACACGGAAUGAGGUACACCUGCUUAACUGUUCCACGUGAACAUUUUUAAUUUGCAGUUGAAUAUUUAUGCCGAUUACACUUGUAUCAGCUAAAUCGUUUCCCUAUUUAAUGGAACAAAAAAGAGUAGGAAUAGGAUCUUUCACAGCAUAAGGCAUGAAACUGACCCCUCUUAUACUAUUAAUUGCAGGCAGGAGCAGGGCUAAUCUCAGGGGUUUUUUACAGUCAUCUGCUCCCCCAGUUUCUAAAUUGCUGUGUCCUACAGGCUCAGACCUUUGAACUAUUUUGAAAUCUUAAUUCUUGCUGCAGCUAAUAAUUUAUGAGUUUUCAUUUCUGGUAUUGAGUAUUUUUCAGAGGCACUACCUUCUGCUAGCCACAUUUUUGGACUCCAGCCACACAACUUGUCCAACGGAGACAAACUCCUGCGCUUUCGGGGCUCUCCAUGCACCCAGCAAGUUGGAAAAUGAGAGCUCCGGCAACAAAAGUACAAUACAUGUUAUGACACAAACCAUGUACCACAUGGGACCAACCCCCACUGUGCACAUAAAAAAAAAAAACACAUGAAAGACAUAGAUUUGAGGUCAAAUAUGAUGAUUACAGUUCUAAGAGAAUUCACUCUUCAGGCCUGGACUGUACAGCGUCUGUCAGCCUUAUUUUAGUGUUGUUUUUAACCACUGUUGUCUCACCCAUAAAAGGAAAUGAAAGGAUCUAUAAUUUUAUCUUCUAGAGAAAUACAGUGAAAAAAUUUUGUUUCUUUUGAAGACAUAAACCACCUGAAAAGAUGAACAUGCAAAAAUGUAAAAGCUAGAAAAUAAAAAAAUCUAUUUUUUUCUGAAAAUGUUCAAUUUUCCAGGUUUGUUUGAUUAUGAAAGCUUCUACACACAGAUUAUAUAAAUUACCUAUGCUACAUUUUUGUUUUGCAACAAUAAAAAGAGCUAAUUAUCGUGUUACUUUUAGUCCUCUAAAGUCAUGCUAAUGAAAACACUAAUCAGAGAUUGCAGUCACUUAAAAUUUCAGCCCUGGUCUGUUGUAGGUGUAUUUCAUUGAGCAAUAAGGUUUGUAACUUUAUUAUGAUGCAAUGUGUAUGAGGCAGAAUUAAAUCAGUUACUAAUGAAAUGUGAUUUAAGGACUCUUGCUCCAGGUGGGUGAUAAUUAGGGCUUAUCACAGAUAGGUCUAGGAAAAGGCUGGGAAAUACUUAAGCUUGUUUUGCAGCGACUUUCAGAUCUUAGGAAAGGAGUGAUCUUUCUAUGGCCUCAGCCAGAAGAUUUCUGCAUACGCAAGACUGGUAACAAUAAGUGGUUCAGCUCCUGAUGGAAGAGCAAAGCGUUAUCACCGAAGUCCCAGCAGCCUUAAAGCGCCUGGCCAAAUACAUGGUGCGUGGCUUCUAUGGAGUAGAGUACUCCUUGGCCCUUGAUGUGCUGAUCCGCUACCCCUGCGUGAAAGAGGAUGACUUGUUAGAGCUGCUGAAGUACGAACGCAAACAGCUGCGUACUGUUCUCAACACGCUCAAGGCAGACAAGUUUGUGAAGCUGCGCAUGCGAGUUGAGACUGGCCCUAAUGGGAAGAGCACAAGGCACAACUACUAUUACAUCAAUUACAAGGUGCUGGUGGAUGUGAUAAAAUACAAACUGGACCACAUCCGCCGGAAGAUAGAAGCGGAUGAGCGGGAUUCGACUACCAGGUCCUCUUUUAAAUGUCCGUCUUGCUCCAGCACCUACACGGACCUGGAAGUCAAUCAGCUCUUUGAUGUAUUUACAGAGACUUUCCGCUGCACUUACUGCAACACUGAAGUAGAGGAAGAUGCUUCAGCGCUUCCUAAGAGAGAUGCGCGGACCUUGCUAGCAAAAUUCAAUGAGCAGAUUGAACCUAUCUUUGCACUACUGCGUGAGACUGAAGAUAUUGUUCUGCCAUAUGACUUGCUGGAGCCUCAGCCAACAGAAAUCCCAGAAUUAUCAGAAAGCUUUGAUCAGAAGGUAUGUUCAAGUGUGCUGGAACCCUGUGGCAGACCUGAAAAAUGGGCCACCAGAAGUUCCUCGUUUGGCAACAUGUAUACUCAAAACUUAGUUAUUGAUGUCCAAGAUUCUGAGCCCAAGAAGAAAAAGAGAGAAAAAGCAACUAAAGAGCAACCUAUCUGGAUGUCACAGAGCACUGUGGAAGGAGCAACAACAGUCACCAACGAUACUGCUGGAGUAAAUGCUUCUGAAGAAACUGAAGAAAGUAAUAAAGAAACUAUCCCUGAGAAUGAAAUCAUCAAGACUCUUCUGAUCCAUGAAUCCAAGUCACUGUCUAGCACAGACUGUGCUCCUGUUGUCAAAAGCAAACCACCCGAAUCAGGCAGUGACACUAGCGAGGCUGAAGAUGUCAAGCACUCAAGAACAGCAUUAACAGAAGUAGGAGGCAGCAACUUUGAACAAGAGGAGGAACAGGAAACUCUAAAUCCUGUUUUAAUGGUAGCUGGUCAGCCUUACUCGUACAGUGAAGUUAGUGAAAAUCCAGAGCUUGUAUCUCUCAUGACAAAUGAAGAGAGAGAAGCUUAUAUAAAGGUAGGACAAGAAAUGUUCCAGUCUGUCUUUGAAUAAAUACUAUUAUACUGAAUAUGCAAAUGCGUAGAGUAAGGAAAGAUUUCUUUUUAAUUAAGACAAAAUUAGUUUAAGUUCUGGUCUUAAAUUUACCAUUAAUGGGUUAAAUUUUGUUUGAAUUCCUUGCUGUUAUGCAAGAUAGCACAACUAAAUGCUACCUGUAGUAGCCAACUACAGUUCAGAAUACUAGCAGUCUUAAUGCUUAGACUGUGUGAACGCUGUAAUCAGGGGUUUUGGAGCAUGAAUCAUUCCAGGAUACAAUGGAAUACAAUGAUCUGAUGAAAAUAAAGUUUCAA